AAACGCGGCCCGUUUAGGUUUGGGGUUUUUGGCGUGGGGAGUUGGGGGGCAAAGCAAGCGAAGCAAAGCAGCGGCGACACGGCGGCGAUGGCUGCGGCGGCGAGGAAGGGGACGGCGACGCCGCUGGGCGCGGUGUUCUCGCCGGAGGAGACGAGGAGGGCCGUGGCGCGGGUUGCCGAGGCCGUCGCCGACCGCCGCGCCGAGCUCGGCCGCCUCCAGGGCUUCUCCGCCGACAACGCCGCCCUCGUCUCCCUCGUCCAGAGGCUCCCCGACGAGGUCUCCCACGACAUCAUGGUUCCCUUCGGUGGCGCGGCAUUUUUCCCCGGCCGUUUAAUCCACACGAAUGAACUACUGGUGCUUCUAGGGGAGGGGUACUAUGUGGAGAGAUCCGCCAAGCAGACCACCGAGAUAUUGCACAGGAGGGGGAUGGAGCUGGAAGCUCAAGUGGAAGCGAUGAAGGCAACUAUCUCUGACCUUGAAGCUGAGGCGAAGUUCUUCGAAUCAACUGCCGCCGAGGCUUCUGAAGGUCUUAUUGAAAUAAGGGAAGAAUAUGAUGAAGAUACAGAAAUAAAUUCAUCAACAUUGGAUGCUUCAAGUUCUGCUUCAGGCAUGCCAGACAAAGACAGGGAAUAUACUCAAAUCAUGGCAAGGUUAGAUGAACUUGAAAUGGAAGAAAAUGAUGCUGGUAGUACUUCUGAAGAAGAUGGAGAAGAUGAUGAGGAUGACGAAGAUGAUGAGGAAGAUGCUGGACCAAGUGAGGAUGAUAAGGAAGAUGAGGAAGAAGAGAAUAUUCUAAUUGAUGACAAUGAUCAUCAUAAUGCUAGUUUGGGUGCCUCAUUUUCUGGAAGUGGUGGUAAUGAUCAGAGUCAUGAAAGUGCGCAGCUGAAGAGUGCUCUGAAGAAGCCAGGAGGAAGGGAAAUACUGAAAAGCGCUUCUUUUGCACCCUCAGCCAGCACACCUCACUCGGUUUUUCCAGGACAGACUUCUACAAUAAACCCUGGAAUUCAGCUUCCUCUUAAAAAAGCUGUUUCUUUUCAAGAUGAUAACAGGCAUACAGUUGGUCCAUCCAAGUCUCUUCCAUUGCCACAGGGUCCAAAACACUCGAGUCCAAUACUUCAGGUUUCUUCAGAUAACCCUACAUCUCAUGAUCGGAAGAUAAUGUCAAGUGGACAAAAGGCCUUCACAGGGUCUAUUAUUGAACAUGAUGAUAAUAUUUCAACCCUUCAACCUUCAAAGAGUGCUGCUUUGCAGAAUCCUGCUAGUUCAUCUUCAAGACCUGUAUCUAGAUUCAAGAUGCAGAAGGGAGGGCGUUGAGACCAUAUCGUUAACACUAGGAUGAGUGCGAAACCGUCAACUUAGAUCUUUGGUAACAUCUGCAUUGUCAACAACUGCUAUAAGCGAAAGCUGCAUUGUCAACAACUGCUAUAAGCGAAAGCGACAGGUGUGGUAUCAAGACCACAGUUCUAAGAUGAGACCUUGGAGCUAGCUUGUCUGUGCGCGGAUGAGAAAAUUCUUUAUACCCAGAGUGUAGGGCUGUAGGCACUAGUUUUGGUCUGAGGAUUCAGACAUUUAGGGAAAGUUCCUGUAAUUCUUGUUCUAGUUUACAUUGAUGCCAACAGCCCAACGCAUUGAUGGGUGUUACUUGUGAUAGCUCUGUGCAAGCAUUUUGUGAUUUGUGUAGCACUACAUACAGUGACCUCAUCUGGUCCUUGCAUUUGCCUUUAUGGAAUGCAACUUGAGUGGAAUUGUAUGUGACACCUGACAUGCAUCAACUGACAAAUUCUUUGAAGCAUCGAUUCGAUGUGUACAUAACGUGACCCAUAUUUGUAUGCA